CUCUGCGUAGUGAUUGCUGAGGAUUUUCACAGCAUGGCAAAGCAAAAUAAGAACAGGGCUCUUCUCAUUGUAAAUUAUGACUUCUACAGAAGCUCAAACAGGCUCACAGCUAGACCUGGUGCGGUGAAGGAAGCAGACAGGCUCUACAAAGCAUUAUCCAAUUGCAAUUAUGCUGUGCAGUUGCGUUAUGACUUGACGGCUGAGGAAAUACAAGAACUUUAUGAGAAAGAAUGUGAUGCAGAUCACGGAGACUAUUUUGUAAGCAUCCUAUCCAGCCAUGGAGAGGAAGGGAUCAUAUUUGACUGCGAAGGACAACCAGUUGAGCUAACGCAGAUUUUCGAAAUGUUGUCUCUACCAAGGAGCCAUAAACUGGCUGGAAAACCCAAAAUCUUCUUCAUACAGGCCUGCCGUGGAGAAGAAAUUGAUCCAGGCGUGUGGGUGCAGACGGACAGUAGUGAACCACAAGCAGACUGUUUCUCACACUAUCUUUCUAUUCCAGAAGAUACAGCAGUAAUGUUUGCUUGCAGUCCAGGCUAUGCAGCUUUUAUCAAUCGAUGGGAAUCCAUGUUCCUCAAGGCUUUACUGGAGUUACUAGAAGGAGAGAACCGUCAACUUGAACUUACACGUUUAAUGACCUGGAUUAACUGGAGAGUUGCAUUUAAUUUCGAGGCCAAAGGAAAACACAGCGGUGGUAAAGAGAUGCCCUGCUUUGUCACUAAUAUGGUGAAAGAGGUUUACCCCUUCUCUUCACAAAGGAGGCCAAGCUCGAAGCAGUAGCUGAGCCCACUGAUCUUGCAGGAAAAGAGGCACUGAUCCUGCUUCCUAGGACCUUACUCAAGGGGAAUGACAGACACAAAGCAGAUGGACUAGAAGAAAUCCGACAAGUGAAGCUUUCCCCGUCUAUUCCUCCCUGUGUCAGAUGAAGACACAUUUGUUGAAU